GAUACACAGGGCACGACUUCCCUACGACACCAGUUGGGACCAAGUUUAUGAGUCGGUCUCACAUUUAGACCCUCUUCCAGUUCUUUCUUGUUGUUAAAUUACCUACACUGUCCACUCACCGUUUCCAACGUCAACAACACCGUAUCAGCUCAUCUAAUAUUCUCAUCACCAUCAGCAACAUGGGAGAGAAAUCAAAGAAAAAAGCUAGAGAGCCGAAGGAAGAGGCCGAUGCCGCUCCAAUCCUAGCUGAUGUCAAAACCAAAGAGAAAAAGAAGAAGUCCAAAAAGUCAAAGGGCGACAGCUCGGCUCUUCCAGACGCAAUCGCUCCCGUGGCCGCAGAGUCCGAGGAGCUACCGGACGUGAGUAUCAAGGGUUCUAAGAAGGAGAAGAACAAGGAUGGCAAGCGCAAGCGGGAAGUGGCCGAUGUGCCGGUGGAGAUUGAAACCCCGGCCGAGGACGAGGAGGACGAGGAGGGAGCAGAACUUCCUAUGAAGAAGAAGAAGAAGAAUAGUAAGCCCGAUGGUGAUGGGAAGUCAGGGAAGAAGGACAAGAAGAAGAAGAGCAAGGAAAAGAAGGGAAAGACGGCGGGGGCGGGGCAGAGCCUUGCCGAGGACGCCACAUCCGAAGAGACUCACGAGGAUAUCGACGACGCUCACGAAAAGAAGGACAAGAAGCAGAAAAAGUCCAAAAAGGCUGCGGAGUCUACCGAGCCGCAAGCGGCAGGGCCGACUGAAGAGGAACACGAGUCGAAGAAGAAAGGCAAACAGAAGAAACGCAAGCUUAGGGACCAGGACGGGGAUGUGGAAAUGGCCGAUGCCGACGCGGAGGAGACUCAGGCCGAGGGAAGGGAUGAGAUUGCGGAGGGGAAGAAAAAGAAGGAUAAGAAGGAGAAAAGGGAGAAAAAGGACAAGCCCAAGAAACGCAAGACGGCAGACACACCGGCGGAAACUCCCGAGAAGGAGGCUACGGCUCCCGCACCCACGAAUGCUCCCAACGCAGAUCUUACUGAACGGUGGAACGUCCAAGGUCUUGGCGGCGGCACCUCUCGCCAAAGCAAAUUCAUGAGGCUCUUGGGUGGGAAGAAGCAUGGCGUUGAGGGCGCCGGUGAAGCAAAGGAUGGUCCCCGAAAGCGUUUCGACAUCGGGCACGUCUCACAGGAGCUGGAGAAACAGUUCGAUGCCGGCAUCCAGAUGAAGUUCGGGACUGGUGGUCAGCGCAAAGGAUUGGGUGCUUGAGUCGAAGCACGGAGCAUGACUUUUCCUCGUGCCAAUGGCUGCGUUGAGAGACACCAUCGAGGUGUGAAUGGCAAAUAGUUUAAACCCUACCGCCGCCGCCUGCAAUUUGUCGGCAGAAUGAUAUCCGCUAAUAAAAUCAAAGCCUUGUUACGCCGAACAGGUCCGAAUGGUGGUACAUGUUUUGCAGCUCAUCGACUCGACCCCGU